CCCCCAUUCUUAAGCUACUCCCCACGUACUGAAUUGAGAACUUCAAUCGUGUUCGGUCCAAGCUUUGAGCGUCGAGAAGUCUAUCUAGUGCAUCCAAGAAUUUCGAGUCGACAAUUUUCACGCCAUUCUGGAAACCACAGCGGCCACUGUCCGGCUCGGGCUUAGGACAGUAUUCUUUCGGGCAAGCACCGGGUUCAAAACCUUACCCAAUGCGAAUAACUCCAAUUGCUAUCACUCACGAUUGAAUCCAAUCCAACAACAAACUUCCUGUUUGUCGAGGGGCUUUUCAAGCUCGGGUCUGCUAGGGAUGAGGAUCGCCACAUUGCAAUUUGCCCCAAAGCUGGGUGAUGUUACGGGGAACAUCAAAAGAGCUAAUGAUUUGCUGAAACGGGGCAAGCAUAUCUCCCUUGAUGGACAGAGUCAUGGGAUAGGGAUUGGAAUAGAGUAUCUACGUCCUGAUAUACUGGUAUUGCCGGAGUUGGCUUUGACGGGAUACAACUUUCCCUCCAAAGAAGCCAUCAAACCAUAUCUAGAGCCUGCCGGAUCAGGUCCCAGCGCUGCAUGGGCGCGGGAUACAGCCAAGCGCCUGCGUUGCAAAGUCUGCAUCGGCUACCCAGAGAUUGAGCACAGUACCGAUGAGACAGAAAGUCCCAAGUACUAUAACUCGCUUCUCGUGGUUGAUGAGCUGGGUACGGUAAUCCACAACUAUCGCAAGAGCUUCCUGUACUAUACAGAUGAGACCUGGGCCACGGAAGGCAGUGUAGAUCUGGGCUUCCGCAAGUUGGCAUUCACGCCACGCACCGAGCCUGAGACCAAGUCCGGGUCCGCGACCAAGUCUAUGGCAGACCUGUCCCAGCAUGAGGUACCUACCGCAUUUGGUAUCUGCAUGGACAUAAACCCUUAUAAAUUCGAAGCACCCUACACAGCCUACGAAUUCGCCAACCGCGUGUUAGACUCGGGCUCACAGCUGGUCAUCUUAUCGAUGGCCUGGCUGACACUAAUGGGGAAAGAGGACAUUACUGCCCUGAACGGAAAGCCUGAUAUGGACACGUUCAGCUACUGGCUAAACCGGUUUAUGCCCCUCCUGGAAAAGAAGAUGCGGCACGCGGGGGAUAUCGAUAGCCACACCGAACGCCACGGCGCAUCGACCGAUGCGGCGACCAAGAGGACCGUGAUUAUUUUUGCCAAUCGCGCCGGGGAGGAGCCGGCGGCAGAUGAUACCAAGCCACCGGCGCGGUAUGCGGGGACGAGUGCCGUCAUUGCUGUGACGCAGCGGGCUCGUCUAGGUUCUGGAUCGGGAUCGGGGUCGGAGUCAGGGUCACGGGUUUUGGAUGGGAUCGACGGUGGAGAGAAGGGCGAGGGUGAGAAAGAAGGUACUAUGGAGACGAAGAUCGCCUGCUGGGAUCUACUGGGCGCGGGGGAGGAAGGGAUUUGUUUUGCGGAUACUACGGCAGACCCGAAAAUGGUGUUUGGGUUACGGAAGAGAGGGGGUGGAGAGGAGAGUUCUGGAGAGGACUCUGAAGCAUCGGGAUGAAAUGUGAGACAUCCUGAGGCGGAUCGCAGGGUAAAUAUGAAGGAUUGCGUCAGGACUUCAAGAGAGGAGGUUGCCUUCUUUGCCUAUGACGGCGUCCGCCGCGUUUCAGGUGUAUGAUUAGAGAAGAGCAUUGAUACCUAGAAAGAAUAGCUCUUUAUGCUUCAUGCGUUACCAACAAC